UGGGUCUGUCCUUUAAUUUGAAUAUACAGUAGGAGUUAGCCGAGGCUGUACUCGGGUUGUUUCGGGUGUUUUUCGUCUUGUGAGGCAAUUAAAACGGGACGCGCUGCUUCUCAGCAGUUGGUGAUGUUUUUCGCCCGGACUCACCUCUAACACCUUCAUGAUACAAGUCAGCUAAGAGGCCGUUUUCUCCGCUGCAUGCUCAUUCACUCUCUCACACAAACACACACACACACACACAGGAGACGCUGCACCGCUCGCCACCGACAACAUGGACUUGCACAUAUUGGACCACAGGCUCCGGGUCACCAGCAUAUCCAAGAGCGGGCUUGUGCAUUUUACACAUCCGCUCAUCAAGCUCAUAUUCCUCCGGAACCGGACACGAUGCAAGUUUUUCAGUCUGACAGAGACGCCAGAGAACUACACAGUAGUCCUUGAUGAGGAGGGAUUCAAAGAGCUUCAGUCCUCCGAGCACCUCCAGGUUGAAGGCUCCAUCUGGCUGCCACUCAAUGUCGUCUCCAACGGUAACGCCUCCAGCAGCUCACAGGCCGUCGGUGUGACCAAGAUUGCCAAGUCGGUCAUAGCUCCUCUGGCCCAGCAGCACGUCUCGGUCUUCAUGCUCUCCACAUAUCAGACCGACUUUAUCCUGGUGAGAGAGAAAGACCUGUCUAUAGUCGUCAGCACUCUGGAGGAGGAGUUCAACAUCUACAGGGAGUCAGGAGGAGAGUCUCUGCCUGUGCACUGCCAGGAUGUUUCCAGCUCCCUCCAGAAGAACGGCAAAGAAGCCAUUCAGCCUACAGUUCACCCGGUGCUAAUCCCCCAGAACCAGUUCUGUGUCAUGUCCCUGGACCCGGACACGCUGCCGUCCAUCGCCACCACACUCAUUGACGUGCUCUUCUAUUCCAGCAGUCCUAAGGAGGACACACAGUCAUCUCCGAGCCAGGAUAUGGAUUGUAUUAAGUUCUUCUCCUUCUCCCUCAUUGAUGGCUACAUCUCACUGGUGAUGGACACUGAGGCUCAGAGACAGUUUCCCGCUGACCUCCUCUUCACCAGCUCCUCUGGGGAACUUUGGAGGAUGGUUCGUAUUGGGGGACAACCGCUAGGCUUUGAUGAAUGUGGUAUAGUUGCCCAGAUAUCGCAGCCCCUCGCUGACGGUGACAUUUCUGCUUAUUACAUAAGCACCUUCAGCUUCGACCAUGCUCUGGUCCCCGAGGAGGAUAUAGUGAGUGUGACCGACAUGCUGCAGCAUCAAAGGAAAGAACCAGCCACCACCUGAUUUCUGAAGUCUCACUCAAGAGACCCCGUCCCAAUGCGCACCCUGUCCCACUCCAGUUCCGCUGGAAACGGGGUGGCAGAGCAGCAGGACGGGAGGGCUAACUCUGUGCCUAGGCUAUAGCACUGCUUCACCAGCAGUAUUAACCUCUUUGAACUUACAAACACCAGAAGAACUUCGUCUGUCUAACCAUUCAAAGGCAGGAGCCCGACAAGCUCACACAUCAGAAUCCACAGACACACACUUGCACGUUCAAACUCCCAAGCACAAAGUCAGGUUUAUGAACAUAUAUAUCUAUAUAUAACAGACUCAUUUUCCAUCUAAUAGCAGAAGUGAGAUCUCACCCAAUUGGAUCGGAGGUUGAAUUUGGUAUUAAAAAAAAUCUCGCCCGGAUAGACUCGCAUACAUUUCACCAUUGCUGUCAACAAAUUAGUCUUCCAGUGAUGUUCAUAACAGAUUUUCUUUUUUGGUUUCUUGUAAAUCAAAGGCCGUGUGACGCAAGCAGGAUUCAGAUGCCUGGUGAUUGUGUGUUAUCUUCAAUCAUGCAAGUCAAAAGUGAUCCUUCUUAUUUCUCACUAACGGAGGUUUGUGAAGAUGGUGCAGGUAGUUCUAAAAUAUUAAAACUACUACAAACCCAAUCAAACAGGUCAGUAUUUUUUUGUGGUUUUUUUUUAAGAGGUCAUUUCUUAAGCAUUAAGCAAGGUCAAUGACAUGUCUUAUGUUCUUUGUUAUUUGCACAGUCAAUUUUAGUAAAGCUAAUGUCACUUAGAUGUUUUCUUUGGUACAAUUACAUUUUGUACACUUUGAAGUAAAAAAAAGUAUUCCGUAAACAUUUGUCAUUCUUUUUGCGCUGCUUCGUUCAAUAAAGAAUAUUGAAAGUA